GUUGGUGCGAAGAGGCGCCACCAUCGUUGAGCGGCUGGGUCUCUGCCGCAGUAGGUGGCUGCGAGAGGUAGGGAGGUCGGUGGGCCGCGUCGCGUCGCCUCAGGUCCGUAGCUUUGCCUCCCUCUCCUGUUCCGCCGCGGGCCCACGAUGCCGCAGUACCAGACCUGGGAGGAGUUCAGUCGCGCAGCGGAGAAGCUCUACCUCGCAGACCCUAUGAAGGCACGUGUGGUUCUCAAAUAUAGGCAUUCUGAUGGGAGUUUGUGUAUUAAAGUAACAGAUGAUUUAGUUUGUUUGGUGUAUAGAACAGACCAAGCUCAAGAUGUAAAGAAGAUUGAGAAAUUCCACAGUCAACUAAUGCGACUUAUGGUGGCCAAGGAAUCCCGCAGUGUUGCCAUGGAAACAGACUGAAUGGUUUGAAAUGAAGACUGUGAUGUUCCUAGGAAGUAAAUAUCUUUUGAAUUUGAGAAAGUGUUGGGACAGAAAAUACUUUAUGUAACUAAGUGGGCUAUUCAGAAGCCAAGAGAUCAUUUUUUGUACUUUAUUUUUUAAUGUUUACUUUAGAGAGCUAGGACUGUAAAUGCUUUCAGUUAAAAAACUUUUAUUUAUUUUUGGAAAUGGAACAAGGAAUGGCUCUAUCUUGGAAACUUUUUGCAGAUUGUUUGAUGUUAGGCAAAAUAAAUAAUUACUCUCUGGUAAGUUUGUAUCAGUAAUUUGAAAAUGAGAUAUCAAGAAAAGCCAGUUCUUCCUUAAAUUUAGUUAAUCUGUCUUUAAAAGAAAAAUUAAAUGGAACCAUUUUGUUGGAUUGAUGUAUUUCUUUUGGAGCAUUAAUUUUGUGCUGUUGAUGACCAGCAAAUAUAAAAUACGGUAACUGGAAUUAACUGUGCACAGCAGUAUAGCUGAUUAUAUAUGGUAGUGUAGUCUCAAUUAUAUCUAAAGAUAACUAUGAAAACAAGUAUGCUUUACCUUAAACUUUACAAAUUUAAACUAUAUUUUUAAAUAUAAGGGAUUCAUAGUAUCAUUAACUUGUUGAGCAAAGACUAACUUUGAAUCUAAUUUUCAUGCCUAGAAACGUCUGCUGUUACUUUAAAUGCAUGAACAGAAUGCUCACUAAUGGAUCGAAACCACCAUAUUACAGGAAUAUUUGCCACAUAUUUGCCAUCUAUAUUUUCUCAGAAGGGCUAAGGAUUAUUUGAACUGUUAAAUUUUUGCAUACCUCUCUGACACCCCAACCCAUUUCUCUCAUUACUUAACCAAGGUGUUAAGCAUGACUCUCACAACUGUUCUCCAUUAAAUCAGAAGUAUGAUAUUAUUUGAUAUUUAUCUUAUAUUUGUAACCUGAGUUUUACCACCUGAAUAUAAUGUUCACAUGUUGAUUCUUACAUUAAAAUAUUUUUUGUUAGGGAUUUGUUGUGUUGACCACCGUUUUAACAUGGAAAGUUCCAUUAGCCAUAUGAAUUUUGGCAUGUUUCAGAGAGAUCAGUAAAUAAAAUAUUACAUGAAGAUA